CUCUGAGGAUUCAGAAACGAACUGUUCUCCUUUUUCAACUUUUCACGUCAAAAUCUACCAGCUAAAUGCUUUCUGAUUUUCUUCAGUAUAUAAUAAACCAUAAUAUCAUUAUUUAUUCCAUGGAAGGUUUUUAAUGUAACAAUAAUAUGUUUCCAGCUCAUUAAGCAGAAACGUCACCAGUUGAGCCUAAAAGCUUCUUAAAAUUUUCGUGACCUGACAUCUUCAAGCGCGAGUUAGACGAGCGAAUCCAUUAUCCCUAAAUACGACUUUUUGUCGCUUCUUAAAAAUGUUCAAAUUUGUGCUAUUGCUCGUCUGCCUGGCAGUGACUGAGGGUAGAAAUAUCCAACGGUUUAUUCGAGAUGAAAGCAGUAACUCCACGGCUAGUGAUAUCGAUCUAAAGAACGCCACAGCGAACGCCGAGGAUGCUCCGGAAGUCUCCGAGCUACAGGCGGACCUGGUCGCUCCGGCUUCGGGACCCAAACCACUGGAGGCGAAAUACACAAUACGAGUAAAGCCAAAGCUAAAGGAUGGCGUCCCGCAGAUCCAAGAAAUCCGUAUCAUGCCUCCAAAAAGCAACUCCACGAACGGUUUCGUCAAACCACUGAUGGUACUGAAGCAAAACGUUACUAAACCUUUGAUCGAGAAUAUUGAGAUCGAUAUCCCGGAGAAAGGAGUGAAGUUUGCCUCAAAGCCAAGCGUGGAAGUCAUUGAGGGUCAACGUAAAGAGAUGAUGAAAGUCACUAAGGGGCAGGUGGUAGUGGAGAAUGCGGCACAGAAGUCUGAAACGAAUUCUGAAGAUAAACAAGCCAAGCCUCAAGACCAAGCUGUCUCUCAGAACACAACUGCUUCAUCGUCUUCCCAGAAUACAACAGAGCCAUCUACUUCCAAAAAUGCAACAGAUUCAGCGUCUUCUCAGAAACCACCAGAGAAGUCAGCCUCCCAGGAUGCACCAGAGAAAAAUAUAACUUCCUCAACUCAAACACAGGCGGCUAAUCAGACACAAUCACCAGCUACUUCCCAAACACAAACAGCAGCUGCUCCCCAGACACAAGCACACGCCGCUCCCGAGACACAAACAGCAACAGCAACAGCUCCAGAGACACAAACACAAGCUGCUCCUCAGAAUACAGUCAGUAAUUAUUACCAGCCCACUUACCAGACCCAGCCCUCUGCUCCGGCCGCUCCGAUCGCCCCAGUUUACUCGCCGCCAGCUCCAGCAGCCUAUAGCAGUGCAGUACCUCAAACUUGCACCAAUGAUGUCCGCUGCCAAGUUUACCCUGAUGACCGCUGUAGAGAGCAAUGGUUGAUGACUAACUGCAGGCUCAAGUGCAGACUUUGUUCGAAGUAAACACGAAAAUAACCUGGAAAAUAUUUCAGUAUAAAAGGCACCAUUACAUUUUAAAUAAUUUGUCUGUUCCAGACUCUCAGAUCUUAGGGAAAGAGACCAGACUAACUGCACCUGCUCCCUUGUUUUCUUGCAUUUUUAUCCCCAGCAUGGAAGCAUUCAAUUUUCUUUGACUAAGAAAAUCAAGUGACUCGAAAGAUGGCUAGUGUUCCUUAUAAUCUGAAACGCCUGGAAUGGACUGAAUUGGGCUGUUAUAUAUAGAGAGAACCUCCAAGUGUAACGUUCAACUAUUUGCAGUAUAUCUAUUUUUGGCUGGCCAAGAGUCAAAGUAUGCUUCGAUGAAGUCCUUUUAUCUUGCCAUUCGAUUGAAAGCUUUUAAAUGGAACGUCCCUGUGGGAGGUUUCAGUACGUCGCUAUAGAGUGGAUGUAAAAGUUGUUUUUCGGCGUUUUAAUUUAAUUUAGCUAAGUGUAAAAGAAACACAGAACGUUGCAGGGCCACGGUUACAAUUGCUUGUGUAGCGUCUUAAUGUUUUGCUACCUAAAUUGCUUGUUAUGUUUGUGAAAGUUUGUAAAGCACUUUGUAUUUUUAUUUUUUGUUUUCGCUCCUAUACUUGCUACUGAGCAUUCUCGUGAAAUUCCCUCUAUUUACUCUCCAAGCAUUUUUCCUACCCGUAUUUUUUUUGUUUGAGUCUAAUCGACGGUGAUGGUUAGAAAUUAUUUCCCUACAGGUUUUAAAACAUUCUUAUACCCCGUUCACACCAACAUCUCAAACAUGCUUAAAAGUGGUUUAAUAAACAAGGUUAGAGAUUAGUUGCUCAUACUGUACACGCCCCACAACUUAACAAGGUAAAAACUUGUUUGAUUAAAAAAUAUUGGCAAAGUGAUUUGAAAUUUAUCUUCUCAAAAUGACUGCAAAGUGUAAUCGGCAAAUCGGAAAAACCUGACCAUGAUUUAGUUAAGCUAGAUUAGUUCGUGUGAAUGGGGUAUAAGUUUACUUUUUUGUGUGCCAACUUCCUUUUUACUACCUUUAGUGCAUUUUAUCCUGUCUAGCUAUUUGUCCUAAAAUAAGCUUUUUCCCAAUUCGGUACCAGGAAAAUAGUACCUAUCGGUGAAGUGUGUUUAAAAUCUGAUUGCACAGGAGAUUUAGGGCCCCCAAUAUGGAAUAUUAGACUUACACCAACAAUAAACGCGCAUAAUUUAAUAACUAUACAGUAUUUCAUAUUCUAUACUCAGUAUAUCUCGCAUUCCUUGUGAUCAUUCAUGACAGAUUGCCGAAUUUAUUUUCAAUUGCCCUAAAAUAGAAGUUAAGCCAAAGAAAUAAAGCAAUAAAUAAAUAAGGUCACUCUGA